AUGACUAAACGGAAGCGGUCGUUAGCGGACAACGUUGGACCGGACACCUUGCCGUCAGCACAACAGUCCCCGGGCGUAGAUCCACAGUCCCAUCCUGCUGGUUCGGCUGCUGGCCAGGAAGAUGCUUCCGCAAUGGUCGAUGUCUUGCCCGGCAUUACACGCAAGAUCACUGCAUGCACGGCGUGCCACAGGCAAAAGAUCAAAUGUGACAUGACGGAUGGCCCCCCCUUAAACACAGAGCUUCUUCAAGCCGACAUCCAUAAUCGCCAUGCCACUCUUAAUGCCGUCUGCCAGUACAUCAACGUGCCGUCGCCAAAGCCAUUGAUAUCUGGUGCAGAUUCCAGCGUCGAGAGGGAGAAUGAUAAUACAGCCAGUGAUGAGAAGGACUAUCCGAGCCUCUCAGGAUAUGAAAUAUCCCCUCCUCCUGCUACUCCUUCAGCCGUCGACGCGCCUAUCGACACAUACCUUGAUAUCACCAAACUCGGAAGCCCGGGAUCGUCUGCAAAUGGCUCACUAGAGGCAUCUCGCCCGAGACAGACGAUGCUCAAUGAUUUCAUCAGCAAGAAAGUUCUCAAUGUGACCGUGGCCGAGAACCUCGUCAAUCGGUACCUCACACGACUCGACCCUUACCUAUACGGGAUCUGUAGAGAGUAUCGCAGUCUGCAGCACUUGCAGUCCAAGUCACCACCUCUCCUAGCAGCUAUUUGCACCGUUUCAGCCCUUCACGAUCCCCAAGGCCAAUCUAUUUACGAAUCCUGUAAUCGAGAGUUCCGCCGUUUGGUAUCUCGCUUCCUGUUUGAGAAGCACGACCUGGAGUACGUGCUAGCCCUCUAUAUCAGCUCUUUCUGGUUGUCCGAUGCCUCGCGGAUCCUCUCCAGCGACGCCGUUCGUCGAGUGGCUGGCAUGCGACUCCAUCGCAGCUUUGAACAUGUGUCUGUUACCAGUGACAGCUCAUCCCCAAGCCAUGCCCCUACCGCCAUCGAACACAGAUAUCGCGUGCGAUUGUGGUAUCUGAUCUUCAUAAAUGACCACCAUCUCUCUGUGCUGCAUAAUCGCGAUCCCCUGUUGCCCAAUGACAAGAAUAUCGCCAUGCACUGGGAAACCUUCCUUCACCAUGACCAAGUCACCGACUCCGAGGAGACGCGAGUCCCACCAACCCUCGCAAAUCAAAUCAUAUACUACUCUCGUCGGCUAGACAAAUGGUUUACUAAAUUUUCCGUGCUCUUCAAACCCUACCAUCAUAUUGGCGAUUUCCCACGUUGCGGCCUCCAGCUACAUUACCAGUUCGGGAAGCUCUAUCUCGGCCACCAGGUCUUCAAAGGCCUCGACGGGCAGCCCAUCCCGCCGUCCUUCGUCGCGGCCGCCUGUAUGGCCCACGACGCCGCCGUGGCCAUCUUCGAGAUGGUCCUGCAGGAAGAGCAGCAGCUCCAACAGAGCCUCGUCGGCAUGCCGCAUUACUUCCACAUUAUGGUUGCAUUUGCGGGCCAUUUUCUCCUCGAGGUCACCAAAACCUAUGCGCUGCAGCUCUCGAUUAUCCCGGACCGCGUCUUCAGUUUGAUUCGCCGCGUGUUGGAUUUGUUUCGGAGUAUGCCUUGUUUGGCGCAGCAUCCGAUCUGUCGUAUGACGCCGGGGUUGAAUCGGAAGUUGCCGGAUUGUAUUAAGAGUCUGCAUCCGAUGCAGAGCGGGCAGGAUACGGUCUCGAGUUUGGAUUACGAGCCUCGACUGACGGGGAUACAACCGCAGCAACAGCAACCGUUCAGCUUUCAAACCGAGUCAUUAGUGACGGCCGUAGACAAUUUCCUGCUGACGGAUUUUGGAGAUGGGAGUUUCUCGGAACUGAUGCCUACCGUGGUUUAG